AGAGAGAGAGAGAGAGAGAGAGGAGAGAGAAAUGGCGGCAGCAACAUUCAGAUACAUAGUGCAGCUACACAAGGAUGUUCCUAAAGCAGCAAGAUUUUACUCGGAAGGAUUGGGAUUCACCAUUAACGUCUGUUCUCUCCGAUGGGCCGAGCUCCAUUCCGGCCCUCUGAAGCUAGGCCUCUUGCACUCUCCCAGUGACCAUGUUGAGCAAAAGGGAUACUCGUCACUCUUAUCCUUUACGGUGACUGAUAUCAACAGUACGGUGACAAAACUGAUGGCUUUGGGUGCAGAGAUGGAUGGUCCAAUUAAAUAUGAAGUCCAUGGAAAGGUUGUGGCUAUGAGGUGUGUUGACGGCCAUGUCUUAGGUCUCUACGAGCCUGCUUAGAAGUUGCCGAGAUGAGCAUGUGCUAUUGCAAGAAUUUGGAACCUUUUACCUCAUUUAAUAUGUAAAGCACAUCAAGCAGCACGCUAAAGGACGUGAUUAAUUCAAAGAAGUUCGGCACACAUGGAAAAAUCCCGUAUACUGUUCAAAUUUGGAAUUUCAAGCUGGUAAAAGGGAAGCGUCUGGGAUGCAUGAGCCGUGCAAUUUUGUAAAAUCAAGGGAUCAUGAUUGUUAGAUGAAGUUCCUUUAAGCGCAGUUUUGCGCAGACAUGAUUUAUAAUGAUCCAUGAUCAUAUUUUCUUGUAGAUAUUUCCAAUUCAAUAAAGGAUCUUUCAAGUACAGUUUUGAAAGAAAAUACAAUCUAACCUCAAUUUACCUUCAUUAUAUACCAAGAAUACAAUGGUAAUAUAUUACUUUUGUUC